UUUACUCGCCAACACCAACGCUCGAGCGUCGGUCCGCGGAAAAUUGUAAAAUUUUAAUUGUCCGGGAGUAUAUUUUAUUUAGCGCGUGAUCAAAACAAAUAUGCGCAAGCGUAAAUUGUAUAUAAACUAAAACAUCACACGACGCGGAAACAAACAAGGAAUUACAGCUGUUAUCCGGUGUGACCUUUUUUAACCCCCCUUAGACCCCACCCGGCGCUUGAGUAGCAGCUUAAAAUGGAUGUACAAGUCAAGCAUAGAGAUUAGUCGAAUCCUUUGAAUUCUAAAUUCAAGAUCCUUAUUUAAAUUAGCCAAGUAGCAUAGCCCUAGCCUAGAGCAUAUUGCCUAGUUGAACCGGUUCCAAGCCACCAGCACUGUCACGUUCACACAACGACGUUAACCUAGAUCCCAAAGUCUAUCAAGGAUCCUUUGCAAAUAGUUGACUAAGGGGGACUACUGGCAACAUGACGACCGACACCCGCCGACGCGUCAAGUUGUACGCGCUAAAUGCGGAAAGGCAAUGGGACGAUCGUGGCACAGGCCACGUCUCCUCCAACUAUGUGGACAGAUUGAAAGGCAUCUCCCUGUUGGUACGCGCCGAAGCCGAUGGAUCUCUUCUGUUGGAGAGCAAGAUCCAGCCGGAUACCGCCUACCAGAAACAGCAAGAUACCCUGAUUGUGUGGUCUGAGGGCGAUAAUUUCGAUUUGGCUUUGAGUUUUCAGGAAAAGGCGGGUUGUGACGAGAUUUGGGAGAAGAUAUGUCAGGUGCAAGGAAAAGAUCCUUCUGUAGAAAUAACACAAGACAUCGUGGAAGAGUCGGAGGACGAGCGUUUUGAGGACAUGUCAGAUACGGCCCCGCCGAUCGAGCUGCCGCCCUGCGAGCUCUCACGCUUGGAGGACAUUUCGGAGACGAUACAAAGCUGCCUCUCGACUCCACUACGCAAGGAAAAGCUAUCCAUGGCCCUCGAGUCGGAGAGUUACAUCAAGAAACUGCUGAACCUGUUUCAUGUGUGCGAGGACCUUGACAACAUCGAGGGACUGCACCAUCUGUUCGAGAUCUUCAAGAACAUAUUUUUGCUGAACAAGAACGCUUUGUUCGAGAUCAUGUUUGCGGAUGACACCAUUUUUGAUGUGGUGGGAUGUCUGGAGUACGAUCCGAGCGUGGCCCAGCCGAAGAAGCACCGCCAGUAUUUGAAACAAUGGGCCAAGUUCCGCGAGGCGGUGCCGAUCCGUAACCAGGACCUGCUUGCAAAGAUACACCAAACGUUCCGGGUGCAGUACAUCCAAGACAUCAUCCUGCCCACGCCGUCGGUCUUCGUCGAGGACCACAUGCUGAACACAUUGUCCAGCUUUAUAUUCUUCAACAAGGUGGAGAUUGUGACAAUGAUCCAAGAUGACGAGCGUUUCCUGCUUGAUGUUUUUGCUGUUCUAACGGAUCCCGCCACUGGAGAUGCUAAGCGCCGCGACACAGUCCUCUUUCUGAAGGAGUUCUGCAACUUUGCACAAAACCUGCAGCCCCAAGGCAAGGACUCGUUCUACAAAACGCUGACCUGCCUGGGCAUCCUGCAGGCGCUUGAACUCACGCUUGUAAUGAACGACAAGAAGACAAAAUCGGCCUCCAUCGACAUCCUGACAGCUAUUGUCGAGUUCUCCCCGCUGGUGGUUCGCAACUACACGCUGAACCAGGCCAACAGGCCAGAGGGGGAGCGCAUGCUGCUAAACAUUGCCAUCGAACAAAUGCUAAACGACUCUGAGCCCGAACUGGGCAUUGCCGUGCAAUUGAUGGGCAUUGUUAAGAUCCUGCUGGAGCCAGAGAACAUGCUCACCGAAAAGGGUGACUUCCUCAACUUCUUCUACAAGUACAGUGUCCAGACGUUAGUGGCUCCUCUGAUGCUCAAUACGAUGGGCGAUCGUCCGCAGAACGAGGACUACCAGACGGCCCAGUUGCUGGGCAUUGUUUUAGACAUAUUGUCGUUCUGCGUGGAGCACCACAGCUACCACAUUAAGAACUUUUUACUGCAAAAGGAUCUCCUCAAGCGAAUUCUAGUGCUGAUGAAGAGCACACACACGUUCCUUGUCCUCGGCGCCCUACGGCUGCUACGCAAGAUUAUUGCUCUCAAAGACGAGUUCUACAAUAGACACAUUGUCAAGUGCAAUCUUUUUGCGCCUGUGGUGGACGCCUUCAUUCGCAACAACGGCCGCUACAACUUGCUGGAGUCGGCCAUUCUGGAGCUUUUUGAGUUUAUAAAACUCGAGGACAUACGCACCUUGUGCGUCUACUUCGUGGAGAACUUUAGCAAGAUAUUUGAUGAAAUCGAAUAUGUGCAGACAUUCAAGUACUUGAAGAACCGUUACGAUCAGUACCAGGACCGGCUCAAGGACCGCGACAAGAUGGAGAACCGAACGGACGGUGGCCCGCCCAUCAUCCGCAGCGGUGGCCGGUUUCGUCGAGACCAGCGGCAAAUGGAGGAGGAGGAGGAGAUGUGGUUUAACGAAGAGGACGACUUCACCGAGGAGAUCGACACCUACAACAACGUCAUUAAAUCCGUCAGUGAAAAGAAUGGCCCGCAAACACAAAACCAGCAGCAGAAAUCCUCACCACCACACGGAACCUCGCCUCACAGUGGUCUUCUGGGAAACCUGAAUGCUAGUGCAACAUCAACGUCCACAUCCGCCUCGUCAGGAGCUCCCGUGGCCAGUGGCAGCAGUAGCCCCGAAGCGAGUAUCGCCGAUGACCAAACUCAAGCGGCGGUACAUCUGGCUGCCGCUGCCAACAUUGCGUUGCAGCAUCACCAGCAACAACAACAACAGCAGCAGCAGCACUCAUUCCAGCAACAGACUCAGCCUGAAAUCGCGGAACUGCAACAGCAGCUUGGAGGUGUGGAGGCGCCGCAAAGUCAAGACCUCGAUCUGGUACAAUCGACGGCAGCGAACGUCUCGCCAUCGUCGUCAUCCUCAUCGCUAGAGGCGUCAACGUCCGCGUCGUCGUCCUCAUCCUCUUCCUCGUCAUCCUCGUCAUCACCACCCGGCCCCUCGGCAUCUCUCUGCGAUUCUGCGACGGUGGCAGCGGUGGCUGCCUCACAGUUUCUUUCAACAAUCGCUACCGCAAUGGCAGCAUCCGUUACGGCAGCGGCGGCUACCACCUCAUCCCCCAUCCCGUCAGCGGGAUCGUCUGUUUCCAGUCCAGAUAGCGAUGCAGUCGACGCCCAGUUGUCGGCCGGCGAAGAUGCCAACAGCCAGGACAGCGCCGAUCGGGACACCAACAGCACAGAUGCAGCGAGUAGCGAAUCAGACAAGGCGACGGCCAAAAAGGGUCUGGUGGACUACGAAAGCGAUUCUGGUGAGGACGACUACGAGGAGGAUGAAGACUCCGAGGGGCCACAAGCACAAAAGCGCGCGCGUCUGUCAUAGUUAGCAGACAUCGAGCAUGUCGACGACAUCAAUUAUAAAUUAGUACACACGUAAACACAGAGCAAACACGCAGCAAACAAUAAACAAAACAGAAAAUCACACCAACGAAAGAUGUUAGGAUUGCAUUGGCAGAACAGACGAUGACAGCACAGCAGACACCAGACACCAGACAGCGGACAGCGGUACGAUGUAAGAUCGAACAAGGAAAAACAAAAACAAAAACAAAAAACAAAAUAUACAAUUAAAUUUUAGCAUAAAA